AUGCUAUUGAAAUGGUGGACCGCUCACUUCAAGAGAUACACUAUUUGGAGGUGUUAUUGUGAUUUUUGGCAAACGUUGCCAGUUGUUCAACAGGGCAAUAUCUUCAGUCAAGGAGCAGCGUCACUUAUUGGAUCAUUCGUCUGGAGAGAGGUAACAGUUUUCAGCCUCAGUCAGAACCUCCGGUUGAGGACAAAUAAUGCUUUGAUCGGCUCAGAUCCUGGACAGGCUGAGUUUUUUGCAGACUGGCUGUUAGAAAUUGGAUCCGGAACCCAGAAGAAGUGUUGA